AUGGAAAAAUCUUACUCGUGCGAUCGGGCAAGUGAGCUCCUGCAACAUUUUGUGACCAAGUAUCGGCACGUACUACUGGGUGCCUCUGCCGUGGGGGUGUUCGCUAUCAAACUGGCCCCCCACGUUGCACCCCAAUGGUACUACCCAACCGUCUACCAACUGUGGGACCAAGAUGGACCAGUCCAACUCCCACUGCAUCAUGGGAACCUCUUCCAGGAGGUUUCUGGGAAAUUUGGAUUGAACGAUGCUGGGAAAUUCAAGGUUUUCCCUCUGUAUGGAUUCUACGAUCCCUUCAGUGCAGGUUUAUCAUGGCUGCCAGGUGGCGUUGUUUUGGGUGUACCCAGCUAUUUCUUGAACGCCAGCAAAGAGGACGUCCAGAACAAACAAAUCACAGUGUCUGGAAAGCUGCUCAAUUUCGCAUCAGAGGAAGGAAAGCAAUUCUGCAACUCUCUGGUGUUCAGUGACUCUGCACUGAAGUUUGCAAUAGGAAGGGAACUUUCUAUGGUGAAGAGUAACGCUGCACUGUACCAGGCUACCCUACCACCGGUCUGUUUAGUGGGAACAUAUGCAGGUAUUCUGUACAGCAAGCAACUCCUUGGCUUGUUCCAGAUCCCUUUUCGGUUCAGGGUGGCGCUGAAUAUCUUGGGAGGAACAAUAGGUUUGGUAGUAUACUACCUUCUCUCGGACACAAUGGAGCACUACUUUGACCACAAAGCAGACAAGGUGUGUGCGAAACUUGGCAGGGAAUACGCACAGGGAGGGAUGGAGUUCUACGACAAACUCUUACUAAGAAAUCAGGCAUUAAGGGUGCUGCUUGGUCGAAAGGGCCAGAAGAUGUACACACCUUACGGGAAUGUGCGACCAAAAAGCAUGUUCUUCAUGAAGCACCCACAGCUAACAGAUAGGAGGAGGAAGGUGGCAGAAAUAUAUCACUUUGAUUUUGCCUAGUAGUUUCAUGCUUUCCACAUUUUGUACCUUGUUGGUCAAAACCGUUUCAUGAUGAUAUUACUGAGAAAAAGUGUGCUGAUAGAAGUUGUAUUCUAUGCAGGAACUUGGAGUUGGAUUGACUAUUGUACACAAUAACUAGGAUACUCAGUUAUGUCAAGUAGAUAUAAAAAAGACAAAGACACAAAAGGUUUAAGCAUAUGUUAUUUUACUAUGAAUUUUGGUCACCACGAAAGCACAUGGAUCAUUUCUUUGUUGUCUACAUCGUCUUUGUGUAUUAAAACCACAAUAAGACACUGACGCAUAGAGCCAGUGAGACUAUGGCUAUAGGAACAAGGCUAGAGUCCUGGUACAUUCCACAAAGCUUGCACCAUUCGUAAAUAGCACUAUGUUUAAACCACUAAUGUUGAAAGGAAUGUGAAUCUGUAUAAAGGGUAUUCCUAUGGCCGAGAAGUGGCCAAUGUCAAACAAGGAGGUUGAAAAUCUCAGAAACAUAAUGCUGAACCUCCAGUUAACAUAAUGCUGCUUUUGUCAUCACCAUGGGGAAUAGUACUGGUACAAGCUGAAUGGAGAUGUAGUAAAAAAUUUUGAAAUCUACAAGUUCAGAAUUUCACCACAGAAAGCAUACAAAAUAUGAUUAUCAUUUUCUUCAAAAUAUUCACACUUUUUUUGCCAAUCUUUCGCAUCCCAUCAUUUAGAUACCAAACAUUCUGUACAAAGGGGUGGAUAAGUGCUUGUUGGGGAGCGGAUGUGAAAAAUUGGUGCAAAUCUUGUCUUUCAGAUUUAGCACAGUUGUUCCCUGUUACAGCAAAAGUUUCAUCAACCAUGUUUUUUUUAACAUCACACCCCCCUAACUUUAAUGAAUUGUCCCUACAGUAUGCAAGGGCCAACUCUUAGGUUAUCCCCUACAAAGACCUUUAAAAAGGUACAACUUGGGAAAGCACUUGACAUCUCACAAUCCUAAAUAAAUGACAUGGCACAUUUGAGCUUACAUGUACAUCUUCAUCCUAGAGUACUUCCCAGUAAACAAUUGUUCUAGACCAUCUCCUUCUCUGAAAAAAAAAA